UGUAAGCGUGAACAAGUGACCAGAUUUCUCACAACACUUUGAAACAUUUUAAAAAAAAAGCUUUUUAUUGAAAGUUCACAAGAAGAGUUGGAAAAUAGAAAAAAAUCCUGGCUGGGUUUUCCUCUUGCAUUAGUUAAAUACAAAUUACAUAAUUUUUUUUUUAAUUUGUUUUUUUUUUCAGAUGCUUAUUGCUUAAAAUUGAAAAAUUAUGAAGAAUUUUGGUUCGAUGACGAUUAGUUUGUCAGCUGUCGUACUGAUGGCUUCUUGCGUCCAGCAAGGUAUCAUGUCUUCGACGUUCCAACAGGAAGCAAAACUACCCUGUACUGAAAAAUGUCUCCACGGAUUUGAAAGAAUAGAAGGUCUGGACCAUUGCUACAAGAUGCUGGUUGAUCUUGGCCCGGUGAGUCAGGAUAAGGCUGUGGCUGCUUGUGGAUUCGAGGGAGGGGCGACCGUAGUCACUUUCGACAACCCGGGCGAUGAUCAAAAGCUGCGGCAAUACUUCUGGGUGGAAUACAAGGAUCAGAUCCUCUCAAGCCCGGCUUACCUGAAACAUAGUGGUUUUUGGACUGGCUACGUUCGCUUUUUUGGCAAUUCAUCCAACCCUUUCCUGAACAUGUACUCGGGGGAACCCAUGACAGCUGGCUUAUUUGAACCUGGACAACCAGAUGACCGGAUUGUGGGUUCAAGAGGAGGCGAAGCUUGUGUGUGUAGGAAGGACUACGGUGAGAAGGACUUCAACUGGAACCAUGUUUACGGCCUGGAUGACUACACAUGCGCCUUCCCCAACUGGGCCAUUUGCAUGCAGCGCGAUGUUUAUAUGCUAAACACGGAAGCGUGGAACUCUGCUUUGAUGUAUGGGGUGAAAUUGCCGGAAGACGGGACCUGUCAGCUGGACUGGGCGACUCAGAAUUACUACCAGUUGCUAAUGAUGAAAGAAAAGCGACUGAAGAUGGGUUAUCCUGGCGCACAAGAUUUUGCCGAUAAAUACAUGAAAAUUCUCAACGACAACGCAAUACAGUCGCCUUCAUGUCCUCAAUGAAAAAAAGAUGCCAGAUGGAUGAUUUUCUCCAAACAAUAGUGAACUUUUCAAAUGAUCAUAAAACAAUUAUCAAUAAUGAGCUUGCCGAGAGGGGGUAUCGGAAAGAUAAAGAUGCAGGAAGGAAGGGUCUUAAUUCAUUUUGUUUCGGUCACUCUGCAACAAGUGGUGAAGGAACUACAGGCUAUUAUGGCAGUUUGU